AUGCUUUAUAAGAAUUAUAAAAUGAGCCCAAAUACACCUACUUCACAACUGAGGAGAUACUCCUACGCCGACUGGAGUCCAAACUACAAUUACACAACACAACAUCGAAGAUCCGACUCCAUUAGCUUGGGUCGUCGGGGAAGCCAAGUCUCCUCUAUAUCAUCGUCACGAUUUGAUACUUUUGGUUCUACGCCUCCACCAUCGCCGCGUGGAGGAGGACUAGGACACAAUAAUUUAAAUACCCAGGGUCGGCGAAACUCUAAUGUGUUUACAUUGAGUGAAAAGCUGCCAACAGCACCAACAACAGCCACAGUAACGCCUAUGUCUACACCUGCGCCGGUGAUUGACUUGGAUAGAAUCACGGAGGAAUACGAUAAAGAUAGAGGGAGACUUUCACAAAAGGAGAUUAAAUGGUGUAAGUUUUUAAAAGAGACACCAGUUGAUACUGAUAUGUACUGGAAUAGUCGUACGAGCAGCGAGGCGAGCUUGCCCAAGACAUCCGAGAACCUUUUGAAUAAGUACAACAACAAUUAUCGUAUUGAAGAUGAAGUUGACGAAUGUCCAUCUUUGAAAAGUGGAAGGAAAAAAGGACCAUUGAAACUGACGAUUAAAAAAUUGACCAGGUUUGUUUGA